AUGGAUGCUAACCAGGGGGCGGGCCAGAGCAGCCCUGAGAGCCCCAACCGUGCCGUGGAGUAUCUCCUGGAGCUCAACAACAUCAUUGAGAGCCAGCAGAAGCUUCUGGAAACCCAACGGCGCCGGAUCGAGGAGCUUGAAGUCCAGCUGGACCGGCUCAGCCAGGAGAACAAAGACCUGCGCCUGGACCGACAACCUGUUGUUCCUCCUCCACCCGCUCCUCCCCCUGAGCCUCCGAUUCCCCCACCCCCUCCUCCUCCUCCCCCGACACAGACAGCAUCAACCUCUGUUUCAACCAGGAACUACCAUCACCACAACCUACACCAGACCCAUCCCCAGGCUCCGCCCUCUAUCACAUUACACCACGCUCACCAUCAGCACCACCAUUCCUCCUCCCACCACCUCUUCCCUCACUCCUACAACAGCACCAACAGCACCACUACUGCCGCUAUCCCGCCUCCAUCCCCAGCCUCUGUCUCUGUCCCCACCCAAAUCUCAGCUCCUAUCCCGGCCCCUGCCCCAGCUCCACCCCCACCUCCACCGGUACCACCUAGAGACCAGCAGCAGCAACAGCGGAGCCACAGCCGGCUGACCCGCGGGUUCUCCACCAGCACUGGAACCAAUACCAACUUUGUGGAGAAGGAGAAAGAGAGGCUGGAGCGCAUGCAGAGCGCCAACACCACCAACAGCCACCCCCACCACCAACUUCACACCCUCCACCACCACAAACUUGUGGAGGGGGACUCUCAGUGUCCUGAGGCUCUCAGUUUCUCAGAGUCAUCCUUCAGUCAUCCACCUGCCUUCCAUCGUUAUAGCAACAGCCCUGUCUCCAUCCCCUGUGGUCCCUACAGUACGACCCCAACCUCGGGGCCCCCGGGACCCUUCCACACACACACACACUCGCAGGCAGGCUCUCCCAUCUCCCCUCCCAGCCCGGCGAGCCUGGCGUGGGCACAGCGCAGCCGACACCAGCCUGCCAGCCUGGCUCUCCGCAAGCAAGAGGAGGAAGAGAGCAAACGCUGUAAAGCACUCUCUGACAGCUAUGAGCUCUCUACAGACCUCCAAGAUAAGAAGGUGGAGAUGUUGGAGAGGAAGUAUGGCGGCUACUUCCUGUCCCGGCGGGCGGCCCGGACGAUCCAGACGGCUUUCCGACAGUAUCGCAUGAACAAAAACUUCCAGAAGCUUCGAAGCUCCGCCUCCGAAAGCAGGAUGACCAGACGUAUCAUCCUGUCCAAUAUGAGGAUGCAGUACUCGUUUGAUGAGCGCCAGCCUCGCAGUCAGGGUCAACCGGGCCCCGAGGAGACAGGAGACUUGGACGACUCUUUCUCCAAGCAGGUGAAGUCCCUGGCUGACUCCAUGGACGACUCCCUGACGUGUCAGUCGGGCCGUGAGGACUCCCAGGAAGCCGCAGGAGAUGAGGACGAAGAAGAGGAGGGAGAUGAAGAGGAGGACGAAGAAGAUGAGGAAGGCGAGGAAGAGGAUGAUGAUGAUUAUGAAGAGGACUACCGGGAGUGUGCGUGGAGUAACAGGAACAUGUCUUCUCGCCGCGGCGGGAGCCGAGUCCGAGGAGGCGGCGUGGGGAGGGGAGUGUUAGGAGGAGGUCCGGCCAUGCAUGAGGACAGCACGGCCACUUCCUUCAGUGAUGUCACCCUCUACAUGGAGGAGGGGUGUCUGCCCUCCUCCCCCCUGUCUCGCCCCCCCUCCUCCUCAGACACAGAAUAUUGGGGGGGAGGUCAUGGGGGAUGCCCGGGGAGCAGGGAGGACAGCAGGGACACGGAGGGAGGGGGGAGCAACACCAGCCGCAGGAGCAGCACCCCUUGCACGGAGUGCCGCGGGGAGUACAGAGGCAGGGGGGGAGGUGGAGGCAGCGGGGGAGGAGGGCAUCUCCCUGUCCUGACCAUAGAACCACCCAGCGACAGCUCUGUGGAUAUGAGUGACAGGUCGGAGAGAGGAUCCAUCGGCCGCCUGGUGUACGAACAGGAGUCUUCGGCCGGAGAGCGAGGAGGCGGAGAGAGGGAGAGGAAGGCAGGAGGAGGAGAGAGUGGGGGGGAGGAGCGAGGAGGAGUGGGGGAGGGAGGGAGCAGUGAGGUGGACUCCCCCCAGGGGACGAUCAAGCAUAAGCCUAGCACGCGGACGGUGGCCACCGCGCAGGGACAGACGCGCUGCACUGGCACCGUUCCUAUGCCGAUGCCCUCGGCCCGCCCCCUGCCCUCUCACCCCCUCCCACACCUGCCCACCAUCCUCCAUCAACACCUCCACUACCAGUACGGCCAUCCGCACUCUCACGUGCAUCCUCACCACGUGCACUCGGGCCCCUAUGGGCAGACCGCCCACUUGCACCACUACACCCAGUCCCUCUACCAGCACCACCACCUACCCCACGCCUACCCGGAGCCCCCCUGCUCCCCGCUGCCCUCCCCCAUCCCUCCUCUCACCCCUCUCUCCCCCCUCCCGCCCCCGCUCACCCCUUCUCCCCUCUCCUCGUCCUCUUCCUCGGCUCUCCCCACCCCGGAGGUCCACCCCCACCUCCACCAAGCGCAUCUCCUCCAGCAGCACCUCCUCCUCUGCUCGGACGGAGACAACGAGAGCGUCAACUCCACCACCACCAACUCCAAUGAGGACACCACCGUCAACAACUGCAGCUCGGGCUCCUCCUCGCGCGACAGCCUGCGAGAGCCAAUGGGAGGAGGGGGGCCCGCCCCCCCAGGGAAGCAGACCUAUCAGAGAGAGAGCCGGCACAGCUGGGACUCUCCCGCCUUCAACAACGAUGUGGUGCAGAGAAGACAGUACCGCAUAGGACUCAACCUGUUUAACAAGAAGCCAGAGAAGGGGAUCCAGUACCUGAUAGAGAGGGGCUUUGUGUCAGACACCCCUGUGGGGAUCGCUCGUUUCAUCCUGGAGAGGAAAGGUCUGAGCAGGCAGAUGAUUGGAGAGUUCCUGGGAAACAGACAGCAGUUUAACAAGGACGUGCUGGAUUGUGUUUUGGAUGAGAUGGAUUUCUCGGGGAUGGACCUUGACGAUGCCCUCAGAAAGUUCCAGGCCCAGAUCAAGGUCCAGGGGGAGGCCCAGCGGGUUGAGAGACUGGUGGAGGCCUUCAGUCAGCGGUACUGUGUAUGUAACCCAGUGCUGAUUAGGCAGUUCCAGAACCCGGACACCAUCUUCAUCCUGGCGUUCGCCAUCAUCCUCCUCAACACAGACAUGUACAGCCCCAACGUCAAGCCUGAGAGGAAGAUGAAGAUCGAGGACUUCAUCAAGAAUCUGCGAGGUGUGGAUAAUGGUCAGGACAUCCCCAGGGAUCUGUUGGUUGGAAUCUAUGGAAGGAUCCAGAAGUGGGAGCUAAGGACUAAUGAUGACCAUGUGACCCAGGUCCAGGCUGUGGAGAGGAUGGUGGUCGGCAAAAAACCUGUUCUGUCUCUACCACAUCGGAGGUUGGUGUGCUGCUGUCAGCUGUUUGAGGUUCCAGACCCAAAUCGAGCACAGAGGAGUGGAGUUCACCAGAGAGAGGUCUUCCUUUUCAAUGACCUGCUGAUGGUGACAAAAAUAUUCCAGAAGAAGAAGACGUCGGUGACGUACAGUUUCAGACAGUCUUUUCCUCUGGUGGAGAUGCAGGUCCACACCUUCCAGAACACUUACUACCCCCAUGGAAUCAAACUGACGUCGUCCAACCCCGGGGGAGAGAGGAAAGUUCUGAUCGUCUUCACGGCUCCGAGCCAGCAGGAUCGCGCCCGCUUCACCUCUGACCUCCGAGAAAGCAUUGCAGAGGUCCAGGAUAUGGAGAAAUAUCGGGUUGAAUCGGAGCUAGAGAAGCAGAAAGGUGUGAUGCGUCCCAGUGUCUUGACAGGAAGCAGAGGAGGCGGGGGGGCAGCUGGAGGUGGGCCCACCAGUCCCACUGCCCCCAGCGGGGGAGUUAAGAGCGAGGUGGUGAACGGCACCUUGGGAAGGCCCAGCCUCGAUGACACGUACGCUUCGGUGGACGGACUCAAACGCACAGCACUGAGCUCAUCCCUUCGAGACCUCUCCGAGACAGGGAAGCGAGGUCGUAGGAACAGUGUGGGGUCACUGGACAGUACCAUUGAAGGUUCCAUUAUUAGCAGUCCUCGGCCCCACCAGCAGCGCCCCCUGCCUGCUGGAGUUCUUCCCUACAGCUCCAUGAUGGACCCCACAUCGCCAGCAGCCUACCGGCCACACCGCCCUACUCAGAGCCCCGGUACAGGGGUGGGGGGUGGGCCGGGGCUCUGUCACAACCCUGGGGGGGUGUCCACCUCCCCUCUGGCCAGCGGGGGAGGGGUUGGGGGAGGAGGAGGGAUGUCUGGGGGAGGAGGGGGGAGUUUCCUGGGGAAUUUCUUUGGCAGUCGGAGAGGCAAGGUCCCAGGUCCCCUUAUGAUGAUGUCAUCAGCACCACAAGGUCCCACAAGCCCACUGAUGAUCGUGUCGCCCCCCCACUACCCGGCCCCUGCCCCCCCUAUCCCUCCCCCCUCCUCCCCCUCCCCCUGCCCUUCCCCCUCAGCCAAUUUGGGACAAAUAGACCCUGGCUCGGGUGGAGGAGCGUCAUCAGUGGGAGCAGGAGGAGGGGGCGGAGUGUUGGGUGGGGGACAGUCCAAGCUUCAGGCACUGCACGCCCAGUACUGCCACGGCAACAGUGGAGGAGGCGGAGUCAGUGUUACCGGGCAACAGCAGCAGCAGACCCCACCCCCUCCCUACCACCACCACCACCGCUACCACCUCCAGAAUAUUGCACCGCACGCCGGUCUCUCACACAGGGUCUCUGUGCCCCAACGGCAGGGGCAGCAGCACAGGGUACAACACACACGCUACAACAUAGGCUCAGGGUUCACCACCCCUCCCCCGCUGCCCCCCCACUCCCCUCUCGGACUCUACCACUCCCACGGAGUGGUGGGAGGCCGGGUGGGCGCUGGUGGCAAGCUCCCGCUCACUAUCUCCCACUCCCAGCCCCACCCGCACGCCCACACACACUCUCACAACCACGUCGUGCACACACACUCCCCCCUCAGCCCCUCUCCUUCCCCCUCCCCCUCGUCCACCCACUUCGUCUUUUCCCCUCCUCCUCCGCAGACGCCAUCUGCGCGUCACAUCACCCAGACGCCACCACAGCCCUACGUUCACCAGUACCCCCCACUCUCCUCCAUCCCACCUCCUCCACCACACUCCCCCUUACCUCCCCCCACCUCCUCUGCCACCCAGCACACCCCUCUCUCACCGCACCCCUCGGCAGGGGGCGUGGCCUCAGGGCAGGGGGGAGGGGCCAAGUCCAAGCCCGUCAGUCGGAUCAGCACGGUGGUGUGA